AUGAAACCCAACCGUCAAAAGAAAGCACAUUCAUCUUUUACAUUACGGGAAGCGUUGAACGAAUUCAACAGCGCCAGCAACCAAAAAUGCAAAGGCAGUACAGCAAAGGCGAGCGAUGUGUUGCUGCUGGCGUCUAAGGCCUGUAGCCAGCAAUCCAGCUUUUUAGUAAAGGCAGGGCCCUGUCUGCUUUCGAUGGAAUAUUUCGCUUCUUUUCUCGAUACUGGCCUCACACCCCAGGAACAACAGCCCUCGGCUUUAGUUUGGGGGUGUUUGAAGCACUUGCUGACAGCUGCCUCAAGGUCGCCGAUUUAUCUGCAAAAGGUGGCAGACAUGUUCCACAGUAUAGGGGACUUUGGUGACCCGAAGAUACGAGAGUGCUCCACCUCUAUUUUUACCACCCCCCGCGUUCAUCAGAAGAUUUCACUCCUCUACGUGAGGACAUUACUAUGCUGUGCGCGUGCAAUGCAAGCGAUGUCUCGGAAGCGGGAACGUUUUCGCUCGUUGAUACCAGAGAGCUUGAUCAAGCCCUUCGACUUUCGGUACGAUGUUUCUUUGUCAAAGUUUCAACAACAUCGAGAUGAGUUCCUGGCAGAGGCACAUCAAGCUCGGUUUAUGCAGCGCGCUGAGUCUAUAUUUCGCGGAAUGGACGAGGACGCUCUGGACCGUGAGGACGAUGGAAGAGAAAUUGAUAAAACCAAUGUGGUGAUCUUGGUGCUUUUGUGUGCGAUCGAUACCUAG